CACACACACUCACACACACACUCCGGUCUACGCAUUCAUCGGGGUGAAUUUUGGAGGAUUUUAGGGAAACAACAACGGAGCAGAAACAGAGAGGAGUGUUAGUGAGCCGCUCCAGCAGGGCUGCUUCCACUCAGCCUUCCUGCACUUUAUCCUCAGACUGUCCACGCGGGGACCGAGCAUUUCCACGCGCUGGCAUUUCAGCGAGCGGAGCGCAGAGAGCCGGGAGGGAUUUUACAAUAGAAACUCAAUUCCUCUGCGGAGAAGAAUAGCAGAGGAGGAGGAGGAGGAGAGGAGGAGGAGUGACAGAUAAGCCUGGAAUGAGGAGGACCUCCAGAUUCCUGGCGUGCUGCGGGGUGACUGAUGGAUGAAUGUGGGCAUCUGUAGGCUAAAAACGGGCGGCAGGUAGAGAGCAGCGGGGAGCUUUGGUCUCCAUUGGCUGCAGGGUUUCUCUCUUUUUUUUUUUUUUUUACUCUUUGCCCCCCAGGGUUAAAGAAAACCCCCCAAACAGGAGCGGUUCUCAGCCACAGGUCAUACCGGACACUCGCUGGGGGGGUUGGGGGUGAUUUUCCUCCAGAUCAGCCAAGGACAAGCAGACAGAAGGAGGCUGAAGGAUCCGGACAGGAGGACAUGUAUCUGACAGCGACCCUUCAGGCUCCAGACUGAUCCCAGCUCAGCUUCCUGCGGCCAGAGGCGCACAGAAAGGCGCGACGCUGCGCUCCGGUUCCCGGCUGCUCCCUCAAUCUAUCCGCUCAGCAUGGCGGGGCUCGGAUGCUGCUGCUGCUGGAACUAUUACCUCUGGAUCUUUAUUCUCAUGUGCAGGUCUGCGCUGCCCUCUGCUAAGACUCUGGAGACAAUCAUCUGGAGCUCAACCAAUCAAAAGUUUCUUCCUGGAAAAGGUCUGGUAAUCUACCCAGACAUCGGGGACAAGCUGGACAUCAUCUGUCCCAAAGCGGACCAGGGACGAGAUUACGAGUUCUACAAGCUGUAUCUGGUGAAGAGAGAGCAGGCGGAGAGCUGCAGCACUGUGCUGGACCCCAACGUGCUGGUGAACUGCAACAAGCCUGAGAAGGACAUCAAGUUCACCAUCAAGUUCCAGGAGUUCAGCCCCAACUACAUGGGCCUGGAGUUCAAGAGGAAUGUCAACUAUUACAUCACCUCUACCUCCAACGGCACGGUCGAGGGUCUGGAGAACCGCGAGGGAGGUGUGUGCAAGAGCCGAGCCAUGAAAGUCAUCAUGAAAGUCGGGCAAGUCCCGAAUGCAGCGAACCCGGAGGGGCCGGAAACCCCAGAGGAGAACGCCAUACCGGAGUCCAGCAGUUCCGGUCCACCCGACCCGAGCAAGACUGGGCCUGUGAUGCCAGGAAUCCCUGGCCCUAAGAUUCAGGACGACCCGGGUUCCUCUUCCAGUUCCGAGGGCUUCUUCAGCUCCAAGGUCGCCGUGUUCUCCGCCAUAGCGAUCGGCUGCAUCGUCUUCCUCGUGCUCAUCCUGCUCGUCGUCAUCCUCCUCAUCAAGGUGCGCAAGCGCUCCAGGAAAAAUGCCCACUCGCAGGCCCGCCCCUCGGCUUUGUCGCUCAGCACUCUGUCUAACCCCAAGCUGCCCGGCGGCACGGCCGGCACGGAGCCCAGUGACAUCAUCAUCCCCCUGCGGACAGAGAACAACUACUGCCCCCACUACGAGAAGGUGAGCGGGGACUACGGUCACCCGGUCUACAUCGUCCAGGAGAUGCCUCCGCAGAGCCCGGCCAACAUCUACUACAAGGUCUGACGUGCUUCGCGGAGCAGCAGCAACGGCCAGCAGAGAGAAAAAAAGAGGAGCGCUUGAUUUACGUUCUUGGGAAGAACUUUUUCCUUCGCAUUCGGGGACUUGAAGCCCCCGGUUAUUUGUACCACCUGCUGCACAAAUCUGGAGAAACAUGUACUGACCAGUCACCAGCGGGGUUAGGGAGCUGACUGAUGAGACCCCCCCCCACACACAGCCUUCCUUUCACCCCCGACCGUCGACCCUCUCAAAAGGCUCCCCUCCCACCCUGUACGUCCCCCCCCCCCACUGCCAGAGAGGCGGGAGCGGAGCGUCCGACCAACAGAUGGAACUCUCUCUGUUAACGGACGGAAUAGAACUUAUCUCAUCUCCCUGAAGUACAGUCUGCGCUACACCCAAUUAAACACCAUCCCAGCACACACCAGCCGGAAACAGGCGGGGGGCACGGGGGGCGGGGGGGUUUGGUGCAGAGAGCCAUUUGGUCUGCAGCUUGUGUCCAAACAAGAACGGAAAAUAAAGACAGAAGUGGGUGUGUGUGUGUGCAGAUCUGUGCAUGUGACGGCGGUGGGGGGGGGCGCCGUUUCUGGGCCAUGGAAAACUCUCCAGAUAGCUCAGGUAUCUUACACAGUGUGUGGAAUAAUGUGCUCCUCUCCCUGACGCACCUCUGAUGUUUGCCUUACUUACUAUUUUUGAUGGAGGAUUUCCUUGAACCCUGAUUAAGUUCACAAAGCAGUUGUAUUUUGUUAGACUUUUCCUACGAGUGCACAAUGUAUAGAAACUAAACCCGUCAUCGUCACGCCGCCAUCUCCUCUCCGCCUGCAUCAUCUUAUCGUUUUUACUUUCUAAGGAGGGACUUUAACCUGGACUCCAGCUCUGGAGGCGUGUCGGCGGAUCCCUCCAGCGCCGCUCUGAUGUCAGUGUGUAUUUCAGGGUGUGCCCUCAGUCAGGGCGGUUGGACAUGUCCGGACCAGUUCUUCUAUGAGGGGAGACUUUAUUGGAUUUGAUGUCUAGAUACUGUAGCCUCAGCU